AAGGCAAGUCUAAUGCGAGUAAUUGAAUCAAUCCCAUCCCCUAUGCAUUUCAUUCUUUCCGGAAGAGUCACUCGCCAGAGCAGAGGAAGGGAAUUCGGAACUCAAUCACCAAGUUAACCUUCCCAUUGUCUAUGCCAGCAACAAAGGAAGAGGUGAGCUACCAACUCGUCACCUCCCCUCUCGUUCCACUUCUGUCUGUUCUUUCAUUGCUAUUCUUUCAUUGUCAAGUGUCGGACUCUGGUCUUUUUGGAACAAGAAAGUGUGUAGUGAGUGAGAUUUCCCCUCUCUUCUUUAAUCUUUUCUUCCCAAAGCUCACUAAUUUAGUGAUAGAGGCUCUAAUGCUGCUAGCGACGGGUAGCCACUAGGAAGAGUUGACGGUAUGAAAUUUCUCGACCUAUAGCGAAAAAAUCAUAAGAGAAGAAAGCUGCUAGCAGAGGGUGGAGAAGUGCUACACCUUCGUGGAUUGAUCGAGUUCCGUGUACUGAUUCUCAUCGAGAUUGGGUUGGUGUUCAGUGUGGGCAGUCUUGCUAAUCUAAUCUAUAAGUUUCAAGAAAGAGAAGAGGAAGGGAAGAAGCGGGGUAGAGGAAUUGGUCAACUCAUCAGGCUCAUGACCUGAAGAUUGCAGGUUCGAAUCCUGUCCCCGCCUAAUCAUCUGAGGCCGUAGUCAGCCUCAAUCUUUCUGAUUCGUAAGUAACUCAGUGAGUGCUUCACGUUAGCGAAAGCCCUAGUCCUAAGGGCGCGUUAGAAAGAAGCAAUGGCCAGAUCCAUGUAGACAGAAUGAGACUCAUCAGUAAGAACUGGAUUGGAUAAAGCAUCCGAGUUCGCGGAUUCAUCUGUUGUUGAAGCAUACCCUGAAGCCACAGCCGAAGAAAAUCAAAGAUGGUUAGUAAGUCUAGAUUCAUCAACAGAGUAGGAACCCAUCCAUCGUCCCUCUUGUUCUGGACCGGUGCCCUAAUCCAUUUUUGCUUUUUAAGUAAGGAUAUCGAGAGAGCCUUUGACCUAUGUAUGGGUAUGGUCUCAGUGAAGGUCUUUAAUGGCUCUUCGCUUUUCCCUUUGGGUGUACCCCGAACUUACUAGCCUUUCUGCCCCGGUAGCGAGGAGCGAAGCUGCCCCUAUCAGAUAAAGGCAAAGCGAGAGGAGUGAUUUGAAUCAAUAGUUCGGUAAUUUUAUACAUGAUAUGAUGUCAUUCGCUCAUCCUUCUCCUCUUUUCUAGCUCUAGCUGCACAUUAAUCUUCCUUGCAAUCAAGCUAGCAAUCAACAAGCAGAUCGAGACCGAGUAGCUUCACUAGUAGAUCCAAGUCCAGUCAUUGAUCCCGUUGGAGUAGAAGGGAGUAGAAGCAAGGGUACAACGAGUAGCAGUUCCAUCAGAAGCAAGAAGCAAGGGCCCCCUAAAUAGUAGGGGCGGGGGAUAGGGCCUGAGACUGUAGACGGCCUUAAACGGGAGCUGGCAAGGUUGACUAAGAAGGUAUAAGGCCCUAUUGGGUAGAAGGUUGGCUGAGAAGAUCCUUCUUCAGCAGAAUCCCUAUAUGAAUCAUAAGAAACUGGAAACGCUAUGCUAUGAGGACUUUCGUCCCCAUCCAAAGUAAGGUAAGUAGGCCGAAAGCCGGAGAGGAAAGCCCCAAUUUAGCCUUCUCAACCUCCGAGCCCAAGGCGUAACCCAAGUCCAGAACAGCUGAUACAGCUUCGCUUUACUGAAGAAGGCCCGACGGAGGCGCUCUGAACGGGCUACGGCUACCUUCUCCUACUUCUCCAACUUCUGCUUCUGCGGAUUCCGCUUACCCUGAAACGGAUUCAGCAACGGAAACUUCUUCUGCUUACCCUUCUUCAGCUUCUGCAGCUGAUUCGGAUGAUUCUCCGGAUUCUCGUAUCGCCCUAGACAAAUAAGUGCUAUCUAUCGGCUUUCGCGCUAGUGAGCCCCUUUCCAGAAAACGCUUUUGUCCCAGUCCCGUCUCAGGCCCUAUCCCUUCCCUAUUACCCUUUACCGUCUACAGUCUCAGGCCCUAUCCCCCCGGCUAAGUUCGUUGCUUGCCCUUGGCUUGGGACUGCUACCUUUAAGACGACUGCAACUGCAACUAAAGGCUCUGGCUCGGCUUACUGCUGAUUCUGCGGAUUCAGCUUCUGCAGCAACUGAUUCUGCUUCUUCUUCUUAGCCUUAGCUCUAGCCAACUUCUGAUUCCGAUUCCGAACCCUUUCUUUAUAUAAGAUACUUUGGUCCUGUCUUUCCCCCGUCCCUUGGGUCCCCCUAUCCUGUUUAAGGCCUUCCUUCCUUCUCAAUGCCCGGACAUCCAUCCAAUCCAAUGCAUUCAUAAUACUAUCUAAGCCUGAUCGUGUAUUUAGCCGCUAAGAAGGCUGAUUUGACUAAAUAGAAAAUAGAUAGAAUAGAAUUUGAUAACCUCGCUAAUGCUUUCAUCGUCAAGAGAGUUCUGAGUUUGAGUUCAGGGAGAGUAGGUCCCAAAGGGAGUGGAUUGGAUUUACAGACUACUAAGAGUUGGGAUCAGAUUGACCGUUAGGAGAACAAGACUGAUAAUGAGAGGUACAAAGUGCCUCUCCAGCUUAUUAUUUAGGGGCGAGAUACUACGUAGCCUUGCUUUAAAGCGAGAGGAGUACCAAAGCCAGUAGCUAGCCUCGAGGCACGAGCUGGCUUAACCCAUUCCCUUACCACCAAGCCCGGUUUAAAACUUUAAAAACAAUGGCAUCGUCUAAGUGCUCUCACACUUUUUUUUAGAUGGUGAUAAGGUUUUCCACCCUUCUGCGUAAGGAUUGCCUGUCAGUUCUUACGUCCAAUGAGGCAACAGUCUGGUAGAUGAUAUUUGUCCUUAAAACCCGAUAACUAGGGAGACGAAGGUCAGCUCCCCACCAGUGAAAGCUGGUGUCUUCUGUUCUAGACGAGCAGAAGAGCUGCGAUAGUAUGAGAGUUUGUAAUGAAAGUCAGAAUGUCUCUAGUGUUGUGCGUUCUCGCUAUAUGCUGUUGCCUGUCUCUGAUAAUGGGUUGUGUUGACCUGUUUCAUGCAAUGUUGGGUAAGAUAAGUUUCUCUCUCGGGACUCGCCAUUCUCACUUAUAUUCUAAUUAUAUAGGAUUCCAUUUCGUCUCCACAAGUUAGCCUGUCUGCCUGCAAGGCCCAAUCGAAGCAGAUUGUCCCCGUGGGUUCCGGAUAGCGCCCCUUCACUCACUUGUGCUUUCGCUACUCUAGGACAUCAAGACCAACUCAGGCUCCAGCCCUAACUUCUGCUUUAGAUUCAACUUCGACUUAGUCCUCAGCUCGUGAAUCUGGCUAUUUCAAGAUAUCCGGAUUCCUUUCUGAUGCGCCUUAUCUUUCCAAAAGGGAAGACUGCCCCCUUCCUCCAGCCCUUCCAGCGCUUCUGGAUGACCCUUCGUACCCGUAUUCGGAAUUCUACUUCCUCCAGGUCCGAAAGGCGGAUCUCCCCUCCUUCUCCGAAAGAGAAGACUUCCCCCUUUGUUGACACUUCCCUAGGUCGGGGAUUAGCACGCCCUACUAUCACUCAACUCAAAGCGCUUAGCCGGUUACUGCUCUAUCGGUUUCUUUUAUGAGGUUGGAUUUCUUCCAAGGUUUCGCCUAUCCUAUUUAUUUUAUUUCACUCCUUUCCCCUUCGAGCCCUAAUCGAGGAAUGGCAAUAUCGUUUCGGCCUGGCCUUCUCUCUUCUCUCUGAAGGCAGUUCCUAUUCAUAUUCCAAUCCGUUAUAUUGCUUAUAUCUUCCUCUAUCUUUGGUUCUCGAGGUUCUCAAGUUUCAAUCCCGAUGUAAUGGAUUGGAUUUCACCCUCGCGAUAAUAGCUAUAUGGGUAAAUUGCUUGACGAUCUAUCCAAAAGGAAAGCCAUGUCCAUGCGGUUUUCCUCUCUUGCAUAGAGCCAACCUUACUCUAUGUGCUUUCCUGGGUGGGCUACCAUCCUUUUCCAUUCCACUACUUUACAUCUUAGCUCGUCUCUGUCUUCGUCUUUGUGUCUGCCGAUUCAAUUGAUGCUGCGAGACUUAGAAGGAUGGCUCGACGUGGAUCCCUAUUCUUAUUUUAUUCCUAGUUCUACAUUCUUCAAUAGAAUAAAAAGUAGCUGCCAAUCGCUUAGUUCCGAGUUCAGAUUUUGAUUCAUUCUAGCUCUAAGGGAUGGAAUAAGAUAGAAUAAUAAAAGGGUUUAGUACACGUGGGACUUAUGCCUUUUCGGAUCAAUGAGACAAGGAGUUACUCAGAACUGUAGUUAGGGCCUUGCUUGUUCCUUAUUAGAUUAGAGUAAAGGCGAGGCGCUCAUUCCUUUGCUUCUUUGGCCUAUUCUAGCCGUUCAGUAAGAGAUUUCGAUCCGUUCAGACUGUGUGAUAGAUUCACCUCUGAUCGACUACAGAUAGGUUCAGGCUCUUGAAUUAGGGAUGGUGAUCUGCCUCGGGAAAACCUAUGUCUACGGCCAACCUAGUUAGUUAGAUCCGCAUAUGCUGAAGGAAGAGUUAUGGCAUCUCAGUUAGAAAGACGGUAAGCAGGUACAAAGGAUGAAGUUCGCUUUUGGCUACGGUCAUUAGUUAAGCGGGUGGACAGACAAUCAAAUCCCGAGCCUCCCCCAUUGUCAAUGUCUUUAGUUCUUUAAUUCAUUCUGUAACCAGAAAUCCGCUAAACAAUUCUCUUGAAAACUCGAUUUCUCCCUCUUAAAUACCUUUAUUUAUUCUCAUCCGAUCCGAGAAGCAGAAGAAGAGGGAAUUCCCACGAAUCAUCACAUGAAGCUUGACUGUCCGCUCAUCUACCGCAAUGGAGAAAGUGUUCUGCAAGGCUCGAUAUGUUCAUUUUUAGCCCUUCUUUCAAGCUGAAAAUCAAGGCUUUUCCAAGCCAAGCCGCGGGUCUAUUGAGGACAGCAUUUGUGCCUAAGACUUUCACAAGAAGUGAUUGUUGCUUUAUUGGAUACUGUUGGUAGAUGCGUUUUUCUCUUCCAAGAUGAUUGAUGAACGUUGUCAGUUUCAGCUUCCAUGUCAUAAGUUGAGAAAUCCAUGGUAGUUCUCUGGUUGAG